GAGCAUAUUCAGUCGCAGCUGCAUCCCUCUUAACACCCUGACUUUGCUGGCCUGGGACCAGAAGAGCAAGUGUAAUAAGCAGCCAGAGGUCCCAGUACAUAGGAGCCAGGAUGUGGCAUCUUAUUAAUUCCAGUAAUAGAGAACACACACUGAAUUCAUGUGAACCUUGAGGCCUGUAUUCAUGGAAUUCUUUGCUUCUGGGUCCAGGCCCUACCACAGGCCAAAUCCUUUCUGGGAAAAGUUCAAGAUGGAACAUCAGCAGGUCAUGUUAGACCUGCAGAAGUUUGAGAAUGAGAAUUUGGAGGCCUCACAGAAGCUCAGUGAGCUGACCAAAGAGAAAGUCUUCCUUUGUGAUCUGCAGAGCCGGCUCCUGAUGGAGCAGAGUCAGCUCAAAAAGAAAUUGGAUAUGCUUAGGCAAGAGAAGGAGAACAUAAUGGAGGAUUGCGUCAGGCUGAAGCACCACUUGGGUGACUUGCAAGUGCUCAGUAAGGAUCAAGAAGAGAUCAGUGACCUCCAGAACCAGGAACAGCAGGAGCAGCAAAGAAUGGAAGAGAGACUCCAGAGCUUGCUGAAGCAGAGGGAGGUGUUCACACAGCAAAAACACCUGGCAAUAAAGCUGCAGCAUCAUUUGACUGUCUCCCAGAUGAGGUCAGAAAAUCUCCAACAUGAGCUGGAACAAUCCACAGCUCAGGAUGAGAGCCUCCUGCCGACAGAGCUGCUGCAGCAGGAGCACUAAUUGUCAUAAGCAACACCCUUUAUGAGAACUGAGGAGGCUGAAGGAAUCCAUAGUCAACUAGAAACCCUGACAUUCUCCACUCUAUGAUCAAGGCCUCCUCAGAACAAGACAUGUACUACUAGUUGUGAAAUCACCAGUGAGGCAAAUAUCAUUUGCCCUGAAGGUCAUCCAUCCAUAAUCUGAUCCAUGUGUCUGUUGACUCACUAGUUAUGGAAUAAAGAAACCAUCAAGAAGAUGCUUGAGAUUCAAAAAAAUAAACACCAAGAGUUAUGUAGAAAAAGCUGACAUCUACCAGCAAGUGUUCCCAGUGAGGGCCACAACAACAUGGAGAGAGAAUAUGUUUCCACUCAUAGUUACUCUGAAAGUUUAUUGCUACAAACUUUUGGUAGCUGACUGAGUGUUGAGCCCUUCAUAUGUGGAGGGAGAUAUGUCAACAGAGACUGUGUUGAUGUCAUGCUUCUAUCCAGACAGACCACACAAAGGAAGCAUCAUAUUCUCACUCCAGUCCAGUGCGGGAACUACUCAAUUUCGUGCACACGUGAUGGUGAAGUGAAUUGUUCUGAGAGAUGAUUUAGGAAGGAUGUCACCAAGAGCUGUUAUGUCUUUUGGUAACAGAUGCUCCCUGUGUCAUUUUUUGCUCUUGAAUGGGCACACAGACACAUUUUGGCUGACAGAAUCAUAUAGUGGCCAACAUGGCAUAAGAUCAACUUUGGCAAGGACUUAACCUAGAAGCCCCAAAGUGGCAUGACCACACUUGUCUUGAAGAGGGUAUUUCCAUUGAGGGUUGUCUUCCAACUUCUAUCCAAAGUCAGCCUCAGACUGCAGGAUAUCUGCAUGAAGAGAAAGCUUCUUAUGUAAAUAGUUUUGGUUUGUUUUGGGGUUUGCAUGAAUUUAGGUUUUGUUGUUCUUUGUUUUGUUUUGCUGUUUUUUUAUUUUUUGGUGCUUUGUUCUUUCUUUGAUUUUAUAUUUUGCUAAAGCUAUACACUGGAUAUACUAAGCACCCCUUUAAGGCCCUAUUCAGUCAAAUUUCUGUAAUUUCACAAAUAAAAAAAUUUCCAACUCUUCAUUCUUUCCUUUAAAUUUUUUUGACUUUACUUACCAACCACAGAUCCAACUCUCAUCACUCCUCCCUCUCCUGCCUACCACAUUCCCCCCACCCCUCCUGCCCUCCUCCAACAGGGUAAGUUCUCCCAUAGGGGACAGAUAAACCUGGUACAUUCUCUUCAUUCCGAAAGUAGAUUUGAGUCAGGUGUGGUGUCACACUCCUGUAACAUUAGAACUCAACAGACAGAGGUGGAUCUCUUAAAGUCCCAGGAAGCUUAGGGUACAUUGUGAGUUCUCAGCUAGACAGGGUUACAAACCAAGAUGGUAUCUUGGGUGUGAAUCGCAUGGCCUACUCCAUGAAUAUCCACUUCAUGAUGGAAAAAGAUCCAUAUAAAACACCUGACUUCACAUGUCUAGCUACUUAAAAAAACGGAGAAUAGAUACACACAUGUUCAUGACGUGAUCAUUCAUAUCAGAUUUUUCAGAAAUACACCUAUGUUUUCUAAUGCAUCUCAGGAAGUGAGAACAUUACUUACAGGAGUAUAGAAGAAAUGAGGAAACCUAUAGAUGUCUGCCAUCCUUUUCCUGAAAUACAGCACCAGUGACAGUGGCAAUGCAGGGGUAGUAACCUUCUAAGACAUAUUGAGAUGUGGUCUUUUUAAUGUGCUGUUGCCUUGACCAUUCAUUUUGCAUGGAAAUUUUUGAUUCAUUUACUUGUAUUUAUGUAUAUGGGUAUUUUGUCUGUUUUCUAUGCACCACAAGCAAUCAGUUUGCACUGAAGCCAGAAAGGGCAAUGGAUUCCACACGGAACUGGAGUCACAGAUGUUUAUUAGCUGAUUUCUGGGUCCUCUGGGAGAGCUACACAUCCUCUUAAAGGAUGAGUGAUCUCUCCAGACCCUGCACUUGACUUUUGUCCUUCUAGCCUCUCUAGUGCAUUACUUGGACUGGAUUACACCUAACCGAAGAGAGAUAUUUCUGGAGAACUGUAGGGACAGGACCAUGAGGUAGGCAUGGGAGAUUACUUGGGAUGCCAGGCAUUCAAGCAGAGUGCUCCUGGGUUCAGGAUCAUCGCUCAGCAUCUCUUAAAUCAGCGUUGGAGCAGUUAUGUCACCUCUCAUUUAGAUGACAAUGCAGAGUAGGCCCAUUAGAUGAAAUGCAGACUUUUAAGACCCGCUUGGGGAUGGAGAUGGGGUAAGAUAUACCGGUGAUGCACCAGCUAAGCAGUGUUAAGUGGAAACUUCACAUUUGUCUGGGUGGAUGGUAUCUGCAGCAAAAGCCACAUACCUCUGGCGGAGAGUGUAUCUCUGCAAGGCUUGAAAGGGAGAGGGAUGGUUGAUGCUACACUUUCACCACAGCAGAAGUCACAGUG